UUCAAGUAAAAUACCUAGUGACUGAUCCACCUGCUAUCCGCUCAAAAUGUGCAUUACCAAUUUCAAUGAUUGAUUUGGAUGAUGAUGAUCCCUAUUGGAAAGACCUUAUAGAGAAAUACUUUGGGCGCCCAACUGGAGAACCUUUUGAAUCCAUGUUAUAUAAAGAUUAUUUUGAACAAUAUAAGAUAUCUUUGUCACCAUUAAAUUCAACAAGACAAACUAUAUUCCGUGAUCUCCUUGGAAAUUAUGUUAUUAAAAGGAAGAAAAAAAUUUUGGUCAGAUAUAGAAUUCUUCACAUGGAGCAUGGUGAAUUAUAUUUUUACCAAAGGCUUUUGUUGAAUUUUCCAGUAAGAAGUGAGCAAGAGUUGAUAGGAUCUUACCCAACUUAUAGAGAGCAUUAUCUUGCCAUAUAUCCUGAAAAUUCUUUACAGUUGUUGAACUUUGAACAGCAACAUCAACAUAAUCAGACCAUUGAAAUUCUGGACCAGUAUGGUGCACUUAUGGAAACUCUCAUGGAGACUCUUCAACCAUUGUUAUCCUGUGAUAUAAAAGAACUAAUAAAACAACAACUUGAAAAAAUAAAAAUGUUACCUGCUGCUAUUCCAAAUAAUCCUAUGCUGUACUUGCCAAAUUGCCAAUACAGAUGUAUUCAAACAAUUAGAAACUUUAUGGGGAAAAGAGAUCCAUACCAUUACCCCUAUUUUUUCAUAACUGGAAGUGCAGGAACUGGAAAAUCUUAUUUAAUUAAUAUGUUGAAAAGGAUAUUUACAUCAUCAGGAAAAAAAUUUCUCUUAAUGACUCCAACAGGAAUUUCAGCCCAAAAUGUCCAAGGUCAAACGAUUCACUCUGCAUUAAAAAUUAGAUCUAAUGGUGAAAAUUAUCAAACAUUAGCAUUUGUAGAUAAAGAAUUUAACCAAAAAUUAAAAGAAAUUGUUGUAAUAAUAAUUGAUGAAAUCUCAAUGGUGUCAGCAUCACUGUUGACCUACAUAUCUGAAAUGUUUUCAUCAAUUCACUGUAACCAUGAACCUUUUGGUGGCAUAAAUGUCAUCAUUGUUGGAGACCUUGCACAACUUCCACCAGUAAAUGGCUAUCCUGUAUAUAAGUCACCUAUUUGGAGAUUAUUCUAUCCACUCUUUCUUCGCCAUUCACAUCGACAAAAUGAUGACCCUGAAUUUUACAACCUCUUACAAAAUAUCAGAAUUGGUAAUAUUUCACAACAGGUUUGGCAGAAAUUAGAAGAGAAGUUUUAUGGUAGUCUUGAGAACUCUGUAGAGUCUAUCUUGAACACAACACAUGUUGUUGGCCUCAGAGAAUGUGCUGAUCAAAUAAAUAGGACAAUAUGUAAUCUUUUACCUAUUCUGGAUAAUAAAAUUAUAAUAUCCAAAUCCACUGAUAUGUUAGAUGGAAAGAUUAAGGUUAAAAUUAAUGCACUUGCAAGGGAAGCAUUUAUUACUGAUCAAUCAAUGAUAGCAGAAUAUGAACGUUUAGAAAGAAUUGCUGCCAACUCACUUCCAUUUCCU